AUCCUUAACUUUAAUCGAUAGUCCAGAGGCUUAUUCAGUAGGAGAACAUAUUUACCUUGUUGCAUGUCUACCCUGUGGGCCGGGUUUCCCAGACAGGUUAAACGUAGUCCAGGACAAACAAUUAUACUCAAUGGAGAUUCUAAAUGGAAAGUAUUUUAGUCCAGGACUAGGCUUAAUCUCUGUCCAGGAAACUGUCCCUAUAUGUCUAUCUGAAACACUUAAAAUGUUGAAACCUAUUGAAUAAGCUCCAGGGAUCACCCAACUGCCCUCAAGUAGAGAGACAUCGUGAAGAUCUGUCAUGUAGUGUUUAUUUAUAUACCACCAUUAUACAGUGCCCUCCAGUGUCCAUUCACUCAAGUUCUUGGCAUGCCUUGCGCAGGAAACUCUUUCCAUGAAGGGCCAAGAGUCUGCUGGUUUUUGUUAAGACCUAGUCAACCAGGUGAGAGGAGUGCCUUACUAAUCAGCGACCAUAUUUGAUCAAGUGCAAGAGCAAAAACCGCAGACACUCAGCCCUGUGUGGAAUGAGUUUGACACGUGCCUUACUGGGAUCAUUUGGGCUGCUGCUUAAAAAAAAAAGUAGUGCUUUUUUGGUAGUCGUCUGUGCCAUAUUGUACCCUUCAAUUAGAUUGUUAUGAUCAAAGUUUAUAAUCCAUGCUUUGCAAUCUUAUUUAUUUCCCAAGUCCAGUUGGAAUGACCUCAUUGUUUCAUAGUGCAGUUUUGGCAAUAGUCUGAACUAAACGAUGCAUUCAGAAGGCCUACAUAUGUUUGAGUAAUUUAUAAGCAGAUAUAUAAAAAUGCAUUCCAAAUGUGUUAACCCUUAAGUAUGUUUGCUUCUAGCCACAAUAUCAAGCUCAUUCAGAGAUCUAGACAAAUGUUAAGAGACAAGUCCCAAAUGACAGUUAUUUUGGCCCAUUGAAUAUGGUUAGUUAAUAUUGUAAGACAAGCUGCAGUAUGAUGACAAUUAGUACUUUCCUUAUUUUACCCCAGUGGUCUGUUUUGAAACUUAUUUUGUAACCACACAUUGCAAGAGACUAAACACACAUGGCCUCAUAUCCUAUGUUUCACAAAGCACCUCUGACCACAGACAGGGAAGGCUUUGGCCUGUGAUAAUUUCCCUGCACUAACUGAUAGGCACUGUGUCACGUUCCUCAAAAGAUUUAAUAGCUUCAGGCUAUUCUGGAUAUUAAUUAACAUUAAAAAAGGGUUAUCUAUUCUUUGAUAUUCUAAAAUAGGGUUGGUUUCCCAAACCCAGAUAAAGCCUAUUCCUUUACCAAAAAGCACUUUAAAUGAAGACUCAUUGAGCAUGCAUUUUUGCUCACGACUAGUCUUAAUCUGUGUCUGGAAACUGGCUCAUUAUAAAAAUAAGCAAUGUAAUACAGUGAGAGUGCUUACUCAGUUGUUGGGUAUGUGAGCUUUAUAUUUUGAAAUGUAUAAAAUAUUUCCUAGACAAAUUGUUGGUUGAAUAAAUGUACAGUGCAUCAGACACUUUGACAGAGGACAACAGCACAAUAUUUUUGUAAUAUGUCUUUGGUAUGUUAUGAAAUGUGCUCCUAAAAGUGAGUGUGCAUGUGUUUUUUGUGUAUGUAUGAACUACAUCCUGGGUGGUAAAAGUUGAUCACAAUGGAAGUGGAAGUGUGGAGAUACAGCUGGUGAUUAGACUGUAAGAAUUGUGUCCUUGGAGUCAUUUUCUGCUCUCAGAUGCUUGAAAACAAAUGUACGCUUUGAAAUAAGAAACAUUACCUCGCACAUGUGCAUGCCAUAUAAUGUUUAAUCUUCCUAAUAAUGAUUAUUCUCUUACGGCUAUUUUCUGUUUCAAUUUUAGUAUUAUUGUGACCAGUUACUUUUCUGGUGACAAGAUCUCAUCAGAAGUAAAUUAGACGUUUCCUGUGUGGUGUGGGGUGGGGACGCAAUUUGUGAUAUCUGUUCGUCGACAAAGCAAGACAUGGUCACAAUGGCAGAGAUCUCUUCACAAAUUCAUUAGAAGUAGGGACGCGAUUUGUGAUAUCUGUUCGUCGACAAAGCAAGACAUGGUCACAAUGGCAGACCCAAAUAUCUCAUACCUUUUGAUUGUGGAGGACUUUGGUGAAUACUUCAACUACACUGACUUCAACACAACUUAUGAGCUUGACGAAAACACCCUAACCUGCAAUACUUCCCCCAUUUCCUCCGGUGUGACAGUCGUCUUAUGUGCGUUAUAUGUCUUCAUCUUGCUCUUGGCCAUUCCUGGGAACAUGGUGGUGGGGCUGGUGAUAGCCUCCAGCAAGCAGCCGCUGUCUCCCUCUGACUUAUACCUCCUCCACCUGGCUGUGGCCGACUUCCUGUUGGCUCUCACCCUCCCUUUCUGGGCCGUUUCUGUCACCGUGGGCUGGGUCUUUGGUGACGCCAUGUGCAAACUAGUCAGUGUCUUUCAGGAGGUCAGCUUCAAUGCCAGCAUCCUGUUUUUGACCUGCAUCAGCGUAGACCGUUACCUGGUGAUCGUGCGAGCCAUGGAGGCAUCCAAGGCUGCUCGUCGCCAAGAGGUCAGCUGGGGCACCUGUGCCACUAUCUGGCUCGUGGGUGGCCUGCUGUCCCUGCCCGGUCUCUUCAACCAUGUCAUCUUCUUACCCAGCACAGAGAGGAUGACAUGCGCCGAGAGUUACGACCCAGGCAGCGCUGAGGCUUGGCGGCUGGUCAUACGGGUUCUCGGGCACAUGUUAGGGUUUCUACUCCCUUUGACAGUUAUGGUGGUGUGCUAUGGUGUGAUUGUGGCUCGACUCCUGCGGACCCGGGGCGGUUUCCAGAGGAACAGGGCCAUGAGGGUGAUUGUUGCGCUGGUUUUGGCCUUUCUGCUUUGCUGGAUGCCCUACCACCUGGCUGUGAUGGCGGACACCCUAUUCCGGGCGAAAGUGGUGGGGUAUGGGUGCCGAGAGAGGAACGCUGUGGACACAGCCAUGCUCGCCACCCAGAGUCUGGGCCUGCUGCACAGCUGCGUCAACCCGGUUCUCUAUGCCUUUGUCGGAGAGAAGUUUAGGAGGAGGCUGCUCCAGAAAGUGGGUGUGAUGGAGCAGCGAGCGUCGUUGACCAGGGCCAGCAGAUACUUCUCUCAGACCUCAGAGGCCACCUCCACAUUCAUGUGAUCUUAAAAUGUGUUUUUAUCCCUGAUUAUAAGAAGAAUCAAUGAGUCAUGAUGAGGACUCCGAUGCUAUGCUGUGGGUGUGCAGGAAUACGCCCAAAUAAAUAUCAACAAACUGGACUUUUAAAACAGCCUUCUUACUUGAGACCACAUUUGUCUUUACAUGUAUUAUUGUAUUAACUCAAUGCAUCAAUUUUUUUUGUUUUGUGAAAAGGAAGUGUAACGCCCCUGGUGGGUUUUGAACGCAUGUCUCCCAGCAUGUAGGCAAACACUGCUCCAAUAAAUCUGUACCAUUUUGUGGGGUAUAGUAACAGGUCCAAGCAAGGUCCAUGACAUUUAUUUCUAUAUAUAUAUAUAUAUAUUUUUUUUUACUCCCUUUUCUCCCCAAUUUUCGUGGUAUCCAAU